UCCCCAACUACCCCCCACCGGCCGGCGGCGGCUGCCUCCCCUCUCGGAGACUUGUCGGUGGUCACCGCCGCCGCCGCCUUGCCUUCGCCUCCAAGCAAUCUUGACCUAGCCAACCUCACCUCCUCCCCCUCGCGCGCGCAAAAAAAAAAAAAAACAGAGAGAGAAAGAGAGAGAGAGAGAGAGAGAGAGAGAGGAAAACCUAGCUCGCCUCGAUGGCGGAGAUCGAGGUGGUCGGCGACGGCGGCGGCGGCGGCGGAGGUGGAGGGGUGAAGCAGGGGGUGGUGGAGGUGAGGGAGGCGCGGGCGAACGGCGGGGAGGGGGACCCCGUGGUGGACGUGUACUCCGCCGCGGCGUACGGGGACCUGGAGCGUCUGCGCGGGUUCGUGGAGCGGGACGGCGGCGCGUCGCUCGCGGCGCCCGACGGCAACGGCUACCACGCGCUCCAGUGGGCCACGCUCAACAACUACCCCCACGUCGCGCUCUACAUCAUCGAGCAUGGAGGCGACGUCAACGCCGGGGACAAUGCGCAGCAGACGGCCCUGCACUGGGCGGCGGUGCGUGGAGCCAUAGCUGCGGCGGACGUGUUGCUGGAGAACGGUGCGAGGGUCGAGGCGGCCGAUGUGAAUGGCUACCGGGCAGUUCAUGUUGCAGCUCAGUAUGGACAAACAGCAUUCUUGCACCACAUUAUCUCAAAGUACGGUGCAGACUUUGAGUGUUUGGACAAUGAUGGGAGGAGUCCAUUGCACUGGGCUGCCUACAAAGGAAAUGCUGAUACAAUUAGGUUACUGCUGUUUAUGGAUGCUAAUCAAGUAAGGCAAGACAAAAAUGGUUGUACUCCAUUACACUGGGCAGCAAUAAGAGGAAAUUAUGAGGUGUGCACUGUUCUUGUACAUGCUGGUACCAAGGAGGAACUCACAUUGAAGGAUAGCGGUGGGUUUACUCCUGUGGAACUUGCAAACGACAAAGGUCAUCGGCAUCUUUCCUAUAUCCUUUCCAAUGCUACAAAAGUAACAUUUGAAGACAAGUACUGCUCAGGGAGAUCGCGGAAGAUUGGAUAUGCUUCUAUCCUGUUUUGCUUUCUUAUUGUCCUUAUCACCCUUUUUCUGAACUCAAUUAUUUUUGCACCGAAUUUUUCUAGAAUAACUGCCGCUGUUGGUAUUUGGUCAUGGGGUGCUAUUUCUCUUGCCUUUGCUUCAUUGGUGAUGUUCUACAGAGUAAGCAGAAAAAAUCCAGGCUACAUCCAAGCCAAUACCAAGCGACUUGAUCCAAAGGAACCACUUAUGGAGAUUGACCUUAAUUCUUCUGCUUGGACAGGCAAUUGGUCUCAGUUAUGCCCCACAUGCAAGAUAAUUCGCCCAAUGCGCUCCAAACAUUGUCCAACUUGUAAGCACUGUGUUGAGCAGUUUGACCAUCACUGUCCUUGGAUAUCAAAUUGUGUUGGAAGGAGAAAUAAGUGGGACUUUUUUGUGUUCCUUUGUAUGGGAACAACUACAGCAUUUCUGGGCGCUGCGAUUGGGUUCCACAGACUUUGGACAGAGCCCAUUAUACUCUCAUCUUCUGAGUCAUGGAUUAACUUCAUGCUGUCAAACCAUCCUGGUGCUGUACUGUUCAUGUUCAUGGAUGUCUUUUUAUUGACUGGAGCGCUUAUUCUGACAGGAGCACAAGCAACACAGAUAGCACGCAAUCUCACAACUAAUGAAGCAGCAAACCAGUCACGCUAUGCAUAUCUUCGGGGGCCUGACGGACGCUUCAGGAAUCCUUACAGUCGAGGAUGCCGGAGGAACUGCGCUGAUUUUCUUGUAAAUGGAUACAGUAAUGACGAGGAGGCUGCAUGGCCAACGCUUCAACAAACAGUGCAACGAAGCUAGUCACAAAUUUCUGGAGCAAAUACCAGUCUUAUACAGUCACACAGUUCAUAAGAUCCAGGAGAGAAGGUUUGAACAAUUUUCUGACUUGGAUGGACAACAACAGGUGCGGAAAGCGAUCUCCCCUUUGAGCCACUCUGCUUCAUCCAGGUGUUUAUACAAGGUUGAGUCAUGGGAAUGGUUUGAUUUUGUAGAUUAUGUGUAUGUGCUAUAUAUGUAUUCUUUUUUGGCGGUUACAUCACUAUUACCAUACAUAUCGUGUUGUAUUCGAUUUCGAGUGCCAAUAGAUGAGAAAUGCAGGUUUGAACUUCUGAUGUAUAAUAAUCUGUAACAUUAGAUGCUUUCGUGCAAGUAGACAAAUACCCUGAGAAAUUUUCACCUGUUUGAUCUGUUCAACUUAAGUUUGACAGUUUCUUCUUGUUGCAA